AUGGGGCAGAAGUGCAUGGAUAAGUUGUCCUCCUUCCUCUUUGAGUAUGACACUCCCCGGAUGGUGUUGGUGAGGAACAAGAAGAUAGGACUGACCUUCCGUCUGAUCCAGCUCAUUGUCCUGGCAUACAUCAUCGGGUGGGUGUUCCUCUACGAGAAGGGCUACCAGUCUCAGGACAGCAUCGUCAGCUCGGUCUCGGUGAAGCUGAAAGGGCUGACACUGACCAAUGAGAGCACCAUGGGCCCUCACAUCUGGGAUGUCGUGGACUAUGUUUUCCCACCCCAGGGGGACAACUCGUUUGUGGUGAUGACCAACUUCAUUGUCACUCCUGGACAGAAACAAGGAACCUGCCCAGAGCUGCCGGACGCCGGGCCCUGCAUGGGGGACAGUGACUGCACCAAAGGGAAAUACAGCCGCCAGGGACAAGGGCUCAUGACAGGCAAGUGUGUGCCCUACAACUCCUCUGUGAAGACCUGUGAGAUCUUUGGCUGGUGCCCCGUGGAGGUUGAUGACCAUGUUCCCACCCCUGCUCUCUUGUCAGAAGCAGAGAAGUUCACCUUGUUCAUCAAGAACAGCAUCACCUUCCCCAAGUUCAAGGUGUCCAGGCGCAAUUUGGUUGAGAGUGUUACAAAACAGUACCUGAAGAAAUGCACCUAUAACAAAGUCACUGAUUCCUUAUGUCCUGUGUUUGAACUGGGAUACAUAGUGAAGGAAUCGGGUCAGAAUUUUACCUUCCUGGCUGUUAAGGGUGGAGUGGUGGGCAUCACCAUAGACUGGAACUGUGACCUCGACUGGCCCGUGCGGUACUGCAAACCCAUUUACCAGUUCCAUGGCCUUUACAAUGAUGACAGUAAUGUUUCACCAGGCUUCAACUUCAGAUAUGCCAAAUACUACAAAGAAGAUGGGAUGGAGAAAAGGACACUCUACAAGGUGUUUGGGAUCCGGUUUGACAUUUUGGUGAAUGGCAAGGCAGGCAAAUUUGACAUCAUCCCGACCAUGACCACAAUUGGCUCUGGAAUUGGUAUUUUUGGAGUGGCCUCUGUCCUCUGUGACCUGCUCCUGCUGCAUUUCCUCCAAGGACGGGACUACUACAAGCAGAAGAAAUUCAAAUAUGCAGAACAGGAGCCUAAGUCACAUAAGAAGGAAAAGGAUCUGGACAACACACAGUGA